AUGUCUUCCAUUUUCUGUUGCUCUUCCCCAUCUCCUUAUCGACCGGCCCAUCUUUCCCACGAGGCCAAGUUUGAUCCAUUUAUUGCUUGGGCCAAAGGGUCCGAAUCAUCCCCCUCUGCCGUUUCAGCUUCGUUCUUCGAGAAUCCGGAUAACCCGCCACCUUACGCGGUUCAGUUUGUUCGACAGGUCAAUUUUGGCGCUAUCGAGGCUAAAAGAUAUUUCAUCCCUCACCCUGAAGCAAAUGGAGAUCGGGCUGAAUUUGUGGAGAUUACUGAGCAAGAUUUGAUCGCUGGGAAUUUCCAGAAGCUCAAUUCGUACAAGAACUUCAAGUGUACAAUGCACAACAAGUUCUUCGAAGUCAAUCUGUACCAAAAGGACCCGGUUAAUCGGCACCACUGGCGACUGAAUAUUGCUCGACCAGCUAGUGAUAUUGAUCUCUAG